AUGUAUAGGAGGAUACAAGGUAUACGACGGUUAACUAAUAGUUCAAAUGUUAAUGAAAUACCUAAAUCAAUACCAGAAUUAAAUAUAUUAAAACAACGAAUAUCGCAAGGUGAAAAUAUAACUAUUGAAGAAUAUUUCAAUUCAAAUCAUUUUAAAUUCAAGAAUGAAACAGAUAUAACAGCAAAAUUGAAUUAUCUUAAACAAUCCAUACAUUUAUUAAACUCAAAUAAGCCAUUAAUUUGUAUUGAUUGUGAAGCAUUUGAAAAAAAUCAAAAAUAUAUAACAGAAAUAGGAAUAUCUAUACUUAAUCAAAUUCAAAAGACAACUAUAGUACCACAAAUUAAAACAUAUCAUAUAAUAAUUGAAGAUCAUUUAAAAAAAAGGAAUAAGUUAUAUGUACCAGAUUAUAAAUAUAAUUUUUUGAAUGGAAAAUCAAUAAUAAUGUCAGAAACAAAUACAAAAGAGUUCUUAAAGAAAUUUCUAGAAAAAUAUUUAAUUAAUCAACAUGGUGUAUUGAUAGGUCAUAAUUUAAGUAGUGAAGUUAAAUUUUUUAAAAAAUUAGGCGUGGAAUUAAAUUCAAAUAAGAGUAUUGAUACAUUAAUCUUACAUCAAUUAUCUAGAUCUAAUGGGGGUUCAUUAUGGGCUAUAUUAAGAAGUUUAAAUAUUCCUUAUAGUUUUUUGCAUAAUGCAGGGAAUGAUGCUUAUUAUACAAUGUUAAUAGCUUUAAAUUUAUUAGAUCCAAUUAUACGUAUAAAUUAUGAUUUAGAUAUUUAUCAAAUUAGUAAAUAUUCAGGUAAAGGUCAACAUCAUCAUAAGGUAUCGGUAGAGAAAUGUAAUAAUGUAGAUAAGUUAAUAGAGAUGAUAUAG